CUUCCCUCCAUUUGAGCAUUGAAACCUGAACAACAAAACCAUUCCAUUUCCACACCCACAUCACUAUGCCUCUGCUCUUACCAAACCCAAAUCUGACUGCUUCCAUUUCUUCAAACCCAUAUUUUUGUGAAUGCAAAUUCAAUCCACAGACCACCCCAUAUGGCCUCCCUUGAGACUAUACCGGUCCAAAGUUCAUCCGACUCACUUGAUGCCAGAACCAUUAUUGCACUCACCGUGUUCUUCACCCUCCUCUGUGUUUGCAUCAUUAUUGGACACCUCCUGGAGGAGAACCGGUGGGCUAAUGAGUCUAUCACUGCACUUCUUUUGGGUUUGUGUGCUGGAGCAGUGGUGAUGCUGCUGAGUAAAUGGACCUGUUCAGUCGGUUUGGAAUUUAAUGAGGACUUGUUCUUUCUUUACUUGCUUCCCCCGAUCAUUUUCAAUGCUGGGUUCCAGGUCAAGAAGAAGCAAUUCUUCAAGAAUUUCACAAUUAUAUUGCUGUUUGGAAUAUUUGGUACAGUAAUCUCAUUCUGCCUCAUAUCAUUAGGUGCCUAUUUGCUGUUCAAGAAAAUAGGUGUCACAUCCCUCGACAUUCAAGAUUAUUUAGCUGUUGGUGCCAUAUUGUCAGCAACUGACUCAGUUUGUACAUUACAGGUUCUUAGUCAAGAUGAAACUCCGUUCCUAUACAGUAUUGUGUUUGGAGAGGGAGUAGUGAAUGAUGCCACCUCUAUUGUGCUCUUCAAUGCAGUCCAAUCUCUUAACUCUAGCAGUAUCCAUGCCUCUAUAACCUUGAAAUUGUUGGGGACUUUUCUUUACCUCUUCUUCACCAGCACCAUUCUCGGUAUAUUAGUGGGCCUUCUAAGUGCUUUCAUAAUAAAAACACUUUAUUUUGGCAGGCAUUCAACAGAUCGAGAGGUUGCACUCAUGAUGAUUAUGGCUUAUUUGUCAUACAUGUUGGCUGAGCUGUUUAGUCUAAGUGGGAUUUUGACAGUGUUCUUCUGUGGCAUUGUCAUGUCACACUACACAUGGCAUAAUGUUACUGAAAGUUCGCGGAUAACAACCAAACAUGCAUUUGCAACAAUCUCGUUUAUUGCAGAAACUUUUAUCUUCCUAUAUGUCGGAAUGGAUGCCUUCGACGUCUCAAAUUGGAAAGCCAGUAGUGCAAGUCCAGGAACUUCAAUUGCUGUUAGUUCAACAAUGCUUGCAUUUGUGCUGAUUGGAAGGGCAGCAUUUGUAUUCCCUCUAGCAAAUCUCAUCAACUGUUUCACAAAAAGAGAAAGCGCAAAAAUUGGGUUUCGGAAACAGUUUAUAAUGUGGUGGGCAGGUCUGAUGAGAGGUGCAGUUACAAUUGCUUUGUCUUACAACCAAUUUUAUUCAAGCUCUGAUUCAACAUUAUCCAAAGAUUAUGCAUUGAUGAUCACCAGUAUCAUAAUAGUUGUCCUGUUCAGUACAGUGGUGUUUGGUUCUGUGACCAAGCCUCUGAUUGAAGCUGUGCUGCUACGGCACACAAAACCAGCAAUAUCUGAUGCAACUGAUAUUCCCAGUCUAGAAGACUUGGGGCUGCUGUUCUUGGAAAACGUUGAAGAGGGCGAUCAAGAUGGCAAUGAGAACCGAUCAGCACCAAGAAGGAGCAGCUUAAGGUUACUAAUAACUCACCCUACUUACACUGUGCAUUACUUUUGGAGAAAAUUUGAUGACAAGUUUAUGAGACCUGUUUUUGGCGGCCGGGGUUUUGUUCCAUUCAUACCUCAUUCUCCAACAGGUGCAGAAAACAGUACAUCCUGAAGCUGAAGGAUUUACAUCAUUUUUUUUUUUUUUUUUGGAUUUAUUACUGUUAUACUUAUAAUGAUUGUUUUCCCGCUCAACAAAAUAUGAGUUUUUCUUUUUUCCUUUUUUUUUUUCUUUUUAUUAAUAAAGCAGCCUGGAUGUAGCUAGAAAGGCUGCAUCAAUAGGAGAGCAAUCUAGUGCACCCAAAUGUGGUUUGAAAGCAACAAGACAGCAAGUCUUAGUAGGGAACAGAUAAAAUUCAGCAACAAAA